UAACUUCUUUUUAGUAUUAUUAACCAUUACAUAUAGAAUAAUGUACAAAAUCAAGCAUAGGCCUGUCCCCUAAUUGUAAUUAAGUAUAUGUACCCUGUACAGAUAUGGGACUAUAUAGUGUUUUUAUGUGAAAUUUUGUUAGUCUAUGUAUAACGCGUCUAUUUAUAAAAUGUCAUGGCACGUAUUCAUGUAAAUCUUUGUAGCGACCAAUCACAGCGUCGAUACGGAAUGGUGGGGCGCGGCCGCGAGGUCUUUAAGUAAUUCUGUAUGGCGGCGCGAACACUAUUCGUAUACUUAUCGACGCGAAAUAUUGUUUUAUUAACCCAUUGACACAUUUUAUUAAAACCAAAUAAUGGCGGGAGAGCAAUCAAGUUUCGAUAUUGUGAUUGAAAUGCCUGAAAAAGUGAGUAAAACCAGAAAAUUGCACCCGGCGACCGGGUUCGCGCCUGAAUUCAUGGACUCAAAACAGAGUGCACGACAAAACGCAGGAAGACAGCUUAAUAGUGACGGGAAACAUCUGUCGAACUUGCCCAGAGUCCACGGGCACAACUCAAAGGUACCACGGCCAGUGAAAGCAAACAAUGAAAAGCAACAACCAUUAUCCGAUGAGCCUGAGCCCGACAAGUUUGCCGGGGACGUAGAGGAGCCCGACAGCGCCGCGGACUCCGGCGCCGACGUCGGACUCCUGGACGAUAAUGACGGCCCGCAUGAUGGUGAUAGCGGCAUCGACAAUGGUUCUGGUGACGACGGCCGCAUCUCAACAGUGCCCGAGGUGCAGCCAAAAUUGACAACAUACCACCGCAACGAGGUCUACGCUCAGCGCAUGGCCGACUUCGCGCUGUUCUCCGCCAACGUGAAUCAGCUACGCAACCUUCUAGGUUCUUCGAACACCACUCAGUAUUACUACUUCAACUUGACCCUAAUCGCCGCUAGCAUUAUACUGCAACAAUCGUUGUGGGAGAUUCCAUUUAAACAAGCCACACAAAAACGCAAUUUCACCUUAAACGGGGGUGAAAAGAAGGUGGCAUCGUUUAUGCAAACACGUCGUUAUUUCAAAGCUGGAACUCACAAGCCUGCCAUGGCAAAAGUGGUUGUUUUACCCUUCGAGUACAACGAAUACUUCUUAUCGUCGUCUUACCGCUUAAAUCAUCUAAUGUUGACGCACUUCUUUCAUCACUUUCCAUGGAAGAUGUGGCCAGUUUCCUGUGAUUUACCACCCAAAGACGUGGCACUGGAAUUACCUAAGUUUUCUAUCAAAGCCGAUAUUAAUUUGGAACCAGUUUUGAAUAAGAUGGGUGUAUCCAGCAUUUUUACCCAACAAGCGGAACUUUAUAAUCUUGGAUCACAUGGCUCGCUGUCUCCUCAAGUUUCAUCAGCUUUGCACUCAGCUGUUCUAACAAUCGAUGAGAGAGGGGGAUCGGCGGCUGCCGCUACAUCUUUUGCGGCUGUAGCAUUAUCUUACGAUGAGCCUUCAUUAUAUUUCAGAGCCAACAAGCCUUUCCUGGCUAUAUUAUGGGAUAAUAGAUCGUCUAUUCCUCUAUUUAUGGCAAGAAUAAUGGAUCCUACAGUGUAGGUCUUUGGUAAUUCAUUGUCAAUAAAAUUAAUAUAGUAAAAGGCUGGAAAACGAUAUGGGUUUAUAAUACAAUUAUUCCACGUUUUAAAGAGUCAAUAUACAGCGGUAGGUACUAUGUGCAAGUCUAUUUGGACAAGUACCACUGCAUUGUCUAUGUUUGCUGCUAUCCUGUAAUAUGUGAAUAUUGUUGCGUUCCGGUUUGAAGAAUGUUAUAAUCAAUACAAUCGUUACCGCUAUUAGAACAGGCAAAAUGUAUAAAUAUGACAUAACGUAAAAAUAAAUCAAUAGUUGGGUUAUGUCAUAUUAAUAAAUCAAUCUGACCUUUAAGUAAAAUCUCAAGUAUACAUUUAAUGUAUUGAACUAUUUAAUGAACCAAGCUUAAGAUGUCAUUUAAGAGCUUGUUCUCAUCUGAGAUGACGCUACUGCAAAAGUCCGCUGUCAAAAUCCGUCACAUUGUGACUUAAAGUGUCACUUGAGGUCAUUAACAUAUAUAUUAUUUAUAGCAGCUUUCUUAAGAUGUCGACUUGCGUAUGACAGCGUCUCAGCUGAUGCACUUGAGAGGAACUAAGGUGCAUAUUAAUACGGUUCUAAGUUAGCGUUUGUGACUAGAAAAACAUUAUGGCUACGGACCCUGGAUAUUAUGAGAGUUAACGUUUAAUGUCAUAGGUUACGAAUGCAGCCCAGUGCCAAAUGUUUUGUUAUUCAAAGUUCAAGGCUAUGUUACUACAGUUAACAUACAGUUGUGGCGCUUAUCAAGCUAGAGCAUGUUUAUCUGAGCAUUAAAUUUUACAAAUAAUAUCAAAA